GGAAACAUGGGAGAAAAAAGGAAACUUUGAGAAGUUUUGUUGUUUUUUUGCAGACAUAGAGAAAGACAGAGGAAUUUUUGUUGUGUUGUGAAGGAAAAAGGGAAUAAUAAUGGAAGAUUUAGCAAUAAUGGGUGGAUUGGUGGGUGUGCAGUUUGUUUAUGCAGGAAACUCUGUUCUUAUGAGCUUUUUCAUGUCCAUGGGAAUUGAUCCUUUAACUCUUGUCAUCUUCUCUACCUUCUCCACUUUCCUCAUUGUCUCUCCCAUUGCUGUUUAUUUUGAAAGGUCCAAGUGGCCAAACAAACUUACUCUAAAGUUGAUUUCUCAGCUUCUUCUCAUAUCCUUUGGAGGGGUAACAUUGUUCCAGUCCCUUUUUCUGAAAGGAAUACAGCUCACUUCGCCUUCGUUAGCAACGGCGAUGCCGAAUCUCGCCCCGGGACUCAUCUUUGUGAUUGCUUGGAUCUUUAGAUUAGAGAAAGUAGAGUUGAGUUGCAUCUAUAGCAAGAUCAAGAUUUUAGGUACACUUCUCUGCGUAGUAGGUGCAUUCACGAUGACCAUAAUGCACAGCGCUUCAAAAGUAGAUAGUACCAUUCUACCGCUAUUUGACGAGCAAGAUCAAAUUUUGGAUAGACAGAAGAUCCUCGGUUGCUUGUAUCUCUUCACGGCGGUAGUUGUUUUAUCCAGCAUAGUUGUCUUGCAGGCAGCGACACUAGGGGACUUCCCGGCACCAAUGUCUUUGUGCGCAAUAACGUCCUUGAUCGGGGUGAUGUUUACAAUAGGGGUGCAGAUAGUUGAGUAUAAAACAGUGGAGAUUGUGUGGCCAUGGUUUGUGAGUGUAAAAGAAAUGGCUGCAUAUUGUGUUAUAGGUGGAAGCGUGAGCGGGGCUUGCGUGAGCUUCAAUGGAUGGGCGAUGAAGAAACGAGGCCCGGUUUUGGUGUCAAUGUUUAGUCCCAUAGGAACUGUUUCAUCACUCAUUCUCUCACUUUUCACUUUGGGAGAAUCCAUCAACGUUGGCAGCCUUGCCGGUAUGUUCCUGAUGUUCACCGGGCUCUACUUCGUGCUAUGGGCGAAACGGAAGGAAAGUUACGGCACCCGAAACGGCCCCGAGAGUGAGUUCGACAUUGACAAGCCUCUUUUAACAAGAAUUUGAAUGAAUAUACAACACAAUACAUCAUCUAUCUCUUAUUCUCAUUAGGAAUAGAUAGAAAAACACACACAAGGAUUUUGAUGAGAAAAAAAAAUAAUAAACUCAGAGGGUUUUAGAGUAUAACACCAAAUGAACAGUUCCAACAUUAACUUUUGCAGAAACUUGAUCAAGCUCCAAUCUUUGGGUGUUUGUUUCUUGGGAAAAUUCUGUGCUCUAUGGUUGAGUUUUUUAAGAAAAUUGUACACAGAAGAGAGUGGAAUAUCAGUUCAGCAACAACAGAUCAGAAUCUUUUCUUCUUUUUGAAUUUUUUCCCUUUUUUUUUGUUAGAAUAAUAUCAGUUUGAAUU